GAGUGCGCCGGAGUGGCGAGGGGCCGCAGCGGUGACGACUGUGGCGGAGAAGGCCCGGAGGCGCUCUGCGUUCUGGAGUGGCGCUUCUUGGGCUAGUGGCAGAUAACAGGGUGCUGGCGCCGCGACUGAGGAGAACGGCGAGUCGGUUCGGCGUUUCGCAUCGGGGUCCCCGCAACGAUGAGUGCUGCCAGGGAGUCCCAUCCGCACGGGGUGAAGCGUUCCGCCUCCCCAGACGACGAUCUUGGAUCUAGCAAUUGGGAGGCAGCAGACUUAGGUAAUGAAGAAAGAAAACAAAAGUUCUUGAGACUCAUGGGAGCUGGAAAGAAAGAACAUACUGGUCGUCUUGUUAUAGGAGAUCACAAAUCAACAUCUCACUUCCGAACAGGGGAAGAAGACAAGAAAAUUAAUGAAGAACUGGAGUCUCAGUAUCAGCAAAGUAUGGACAGUAAAUUAUCAGGAAGAUAUCGACGACAUUGUGGACUUGGCUUCAGUGAGGUGGAAGAUCAUGAUGGAGAAGGUGAUGUGGCUGGAGAUGAUGAUGAUGAUGAUGAUUCACCUGACCCUGAAAGUCCAGAUGACUCUGAAAGUGACUCAGAGUCAGAGAAAGAAGAAUCUGCUGAAGAACUCCAAGCUACUGAGCACCCUGAUGAAGUGGAGGAUCCCAAAAGCAAAAAAGAUGCAAAAAGCAACUAUAAAAUGAUGUUUGUUAAAUCCAGUGGUUCAUAACUCGCAAACACUUAGUCUUUGUAUUAAAAGUAAGCCUUAUUGUUAGAAUGCACAGUGGAGGACUGCUUGUAGAGCACAGACCUUUGUAUUAUAAUUUUUAAAAAGGCUCUUUUAAAUAAUUACAAAGAGUGUUUGCUUUCAGAUGCCAUGGGUUACACUUUUAUGGGCAUGACUAUAACCAUUUUUGUAAAGAGUGAGAGUUGUAUAAAAUAAGAAAUAAAUACAGUACUCAAUUUCCUUUCAUAUUAGCAUCAUCAAACAAUCUCACCUUUUUACCCCUUUAAAUACAGUUAUGGGGGAGAUACUAUUUUUUGUUUGUAGUAGCUGUUUCAUCUCUUUGUUCCUUCAUACUUUUCUCUUAUAAAAAGUUUAUCUGAUACUGUGAUGUGUUCAUGAAAAAUACUUUUAUUAUACUUUGUUAUAGUAGAACUAUUCAUCAUGGAUAUUUCUGCUGCCAAUAACAAUCUAAAGUAAUGUUGGCAAAAGAUUUAGGUACUUAGUUUACUCUUAACUGAUUCAGCUGUCCUCUUUUGGACCAAAGCAACAUGAGAGCAAAUACUUUUCCCACUUGGUAGCAUGGAGUUGAAACUCUUAUACAUUUGGAAUGUUAUGAUCCCAAGCAGUCUUGAUAGCAUUUGAAUUACAUUGUAUGUUAGGUUUUUGAUAAAAUUUGGCCAAUUUUUACAGAAGAAAUUAUUUCUCUGAUCAUUUGGUCCUAUCUAUUUAGGAAUAUGUAAAACUGGAUUUUUUUUUUUUUUAAGGUAAUGUGUGACCAAAGUUAAUUUUCUUCCUAAGGCCUAAAUAAAGAGAAAGCAGUUUCCCAUAUUUGGUUGUCCUACCUUUAUCCUCAUUAUCUAAAAAUGAGGAGUAGGCUUUUUGAACAAGAAGUUGAAACAAGUUCUCUUCAUUUUAUCCCAGUGCUGUUAUCUUGAUUAUCUAAUUACUAAAGAGUAGUAGUGCUUUAUGAUUUUAUUGCUGCUUCUGUUGGAGUGAGAUUAGAAUCAUCUGACUGCCGUUUUGGGUUGAUUGUACAGCAGAUUAACACAAACUGCAUUAUGGCCAAGUCAAGGAGCUUUGAGUAAAUGGGUCCAAAAUAAUGUUCUAAGUAACAUGUUCAAAGGCUUGAGUCAAACCUGUUUGUUUACUGAACUAUUAUAUAUCUAGAUACUUAAGUAUGUGUUUGAUGUGUUUGAUUUUUAAUUAUUCCUAUGUCAUUUUGAAAUUUAGAAUGUGUUAGAGGAGUAUAGCAACUAGAACAGGUGAUUCCUGGUUUAUGCAAUCCAUCCUGAAAUAUUUUUCAUAUAUCAAACUCCAAAUGUUUGUUUUUAAAUUGUUUUUUCUUAUUUCUCACAUUGCUUUAUAAUAGGUGCUACCCUAUAUGGUAAAAUACUGAGUCAAUGGGUAGUGGACAGGAUGUAUGAUAUUUAACAAAUACUUGGUUUAAACAAGUUUGGCUUUAUUCAACAAAUUUCAGUUUGGCCACUGACUUUUAAAUAGUCUGUAGGGUUGCUUAUUACAACUAACAAGUAGGAACUGAAGACUGAAUUAUGUUUAAGAAUGGAAGAGGGAGAGACCAGAAUUAUGUUUUUAGAAGUAUUUUCAUCAAUUUAUUGUUUAAAUAUGCUGGGUUGUUUUUAAGUCUUGGUUCUUAUGUGUAAAUAGAAGAGCCACCUUCUAAAAUAA